AACGACCAACCAAUCACCACCAAAAUAUUCUCUCUUUCUUUGCUUAGAGAAACACAAUCCCCAAAAUAUUUCUUCCUCCUCUGUUUCCUUUUCCUUUUUUAAAUUUUUUUCCAAAUGUAGGGAAAUUAAAUCACUGAUUCUCUUUCUGUGUCGGUCUGAUUGAUUCAGUUUUUCACAUUUUUUGAUGAAGUCGUCUUCUCUUUUCCAAGAUAAUCUGCGGGGCAGAAGGGAGAGAUGUCUCAACAUGGGAAAGGUUGCUCCAUUCUUGUUCUCCUCUGUUUGUCUAACCACCAUUUUUAGCCUCUUCAUCUUCUACUCUCCAGGCCCUUCAAAGCCCUUGCCUUUCUAUUCUUCAAGGAACCCUGUAAACAACGCCAUACCCAACAAACUCGAUGACACCGAUCAAAAGCUUCAACUGAUCACUGAACCACAAAACGAUGAUGAAAAACCUCAAUUGAUCGAGCCACAAGAAAAGGGUGGAGAUGAGAAUUGUGACUUGUUUAAGGGUCAUUGGGUGCCAGACCUUAAAGGGUCUCUGUACACAAAUUAUAGCUGUUCAACAAUCCCAGAAUCUAAGAAUUGUUUCAGGCAAGGUAGGGAAGACAAAGAUUUUCUCAAUUGGAGAUGGAAACCGGACCAAUGUGAUCUUCCGAGGUUUGAUUCCAUCAAGUUCUUGGAGAUGGUUCGAGGAAAGAAACUAGCAUUUGUUGGUGACUCUGUUUCUAGGAACCAUAUGGAGUCACUUCUUUGCCUCUUGUCACAGGUUGAGGUUCCAAUAGACGUAUACAAGGAUUCGGAAGGCCGGAACCGGAUAUGGCGCUUUCCGAACCAUAACUUUACUCUGAUAGUACUCUGGACUAAAUUCCUUGUAGAGGGUGAGGAGAGAAUGAUUAACGGCUCGACCACUGGUGUCUAUGAUGUGUACAUUGAUAAGGUUGAUGAAAAAUGGACGAAAGACCUGCCGGACUUGGAUUACGUUAUCAUUUCAGACGCGCAUUGGUUCUUCCGGCCAAUAUACCUGCACGAAGCUGGCAAUAUUGUAGGUUGUGUAUACUGUGAUGAACCAAAUGUGACUCGCCGGGAAGUCAGUGAGGCCGUUGGCAUGGCCUUGGGAUCAGCAUUGAAGUAUAUCAAUCAGUGCAAAAAGUGUAAGAGGGUAGUAACACUGUUAAGGACCUUCUCACCAUCACAUUUUGAGAAUGGCGUUUGGAAUACUGGAGGGAACUGCAAUAAAACAAACCCUUCUGGAGAAACCGAUAUCGACUCAGGAAGUAGUGAGUUAGGGCUAAGAAAUGCUCAGGUGAAAGAGCUGGAAAUAGCAAGAAUAAGAGGGGAGAAGAGAGGGAAGAGGUUUAGGGUUUUGGACAUAACCAUGGCAAUGCUGAUGAGACCGGACGGGCACCCAGGAGCUUUCUGGGGUAACAAAUGGAUGAAAGGUUACAACGAUUGUGUUCAUUGGUGUUUGCCGGGUCCGAUCGAUGUGUGGAGUGAUUUUCUGAUGGCGGUCAUGGAAAGGACAGAGAGUUAGGAUCUUGAUAUAUAGUUAGAUGGAAAAACACCAUAUAUAUACCUUUUAGUAUAAACAAUAAUUUUAACAGUUUAAAAGGAGGAUUUCAUCAUUCUUUUUCUUCACAAUAAUUGUUUUGCCAGAAGUUUCAUUAUAACGGAUUUCCUUCAUUCUUUCCUGUAAGCACAUUAUCUCUGUAAAAAUAAAUAUGAGUUUCAUGA